AUGCCCUCCGUGAUGUUGUCCGCGGUGCUUGAAGAGGAGCCCGAUCUGUAUGAGGCGUUCCCCCCUCAUGUUGACCCCACCGGUAUCACAAUCCUCACUGAUAGUCCACCAGGCAAAAAAGCGCCCCUCAAAACAUUCGAGGAGAUCCAGCCCCUCAUCCAACAGGGCCGCAAGCGCGAGCUCAAGCUACUCAUCAGAGAAAACUCCUGGCCAAUCAACAGCCCCGUCCGCGCCUCCCUCUGGCCAGCUCUCUGCAGACAACAUCAACAUGGAAAGUCUAUGCUCGAUGGAUUCUACUGGGACAUGGUUACACAGGUGUUCGGCACAGUUGAGUUGCCGGACAAGCCGAUCAUGUUGCCGCCUUUCGUGGAGGCGACCCACUGCCUCGGCUACCAUCUGACUCGCAAGGGUCGGGCGGUCGCCGACAGGGUUGUCUCCGUCCUUGGGUACGCCUGCCCCGACAUCACGUACAGUCCUAGCCUGUACCCUAUCACCGCUGCGUUAUUGCACUUCAUGCCUGAGGAAGAAUGCUACCACUGCAUGGCGAGCUUGGUGGCGUCCAAGGAAAAGAUGUUCAUCACACAAACGAAACUACUCAACGAAGUUACAUGGAAGACUGUUAUGCAGAUCGCUAAGAAACAUGCCAAGUCGGCGGCGCAGCACCUGUCGCGGCUGUCUGGCGCGAUCGGUCCUGAACGGAUCUACGCUGACUGGCAAUGGUGGAUCCUCGCCGCGCUGCCCUUCCCCCACCUCGUGAGGGUGCUCGACUGCUUCUUCCAUGAGGGGAUCAAGGUAUUCUACAGGGUGGCGCUAGCGAUCCUCAUCCUAUUCAACAAGCAUGCUUCGAACCAGAGCUCUGACUGGUACGCUGAAGCCACGAAGAAUGGCGUCGACCACGCCAUUGACAAGUUCUGCAGGAAUAUGCCCGCAUCGCCCACUAAACUACUCCGGACCGCCUUCAGCAUAAGGGCGUUAAGUUCACAGUACAUAUCCCGGGUGUUCAUCAAGACAGAAAUGACGCUCAAGUCCAAACAAGUUAUCACCGGAUCCCGCCUCGUCCGCUCCAGGUCAUCGGACAACCUUCCCACCAGCCAAUCACAAGUCAACAUUCAAAUGAUGUCACAUACUCUUACAAUCCGCGAAGGCUCACAUUCGCCGGGCCCGCGCGCCCUAUCGAUGGGCGUAUUCCCAAUCCAAGCCAUAAGGUCGCAGAUUCUAGACCAGAGUGAAGUAUUCGGUGCGUAUUGUUCAACAAGAUGGUUCGAACGCAACCAAAAGGAUGAGCGCGGUAACCGACAGGCUUACUUCGGCACCGGAGAGACAUUCCUCUUUAGCCUUUAUCCGGAGCGCGCAAAGUACCCCUGGGUGGGUUGCACGACGGGAGCCGAUGGGAAGGGCGAGGAACGGGUCGCUCAUGGCUCAGAACUCUUCAUGGCAGCAGACUCGAAGAUGAUCACCAUCGGCGGAGGUGACGGCCAAGCGAUCUGGAUGGACGAAAACAUAAGGUUCGGCAAGACUGACCGCUGCUCGACCUUCAACAACCCGCCGCUGUGCCCGAGCGGGGACUUCGAGAUCAGAGUCCUCGAGGUGUACGGCUUCUCGGGGGCGUAAACCCCCCACUUGAAUAAUCUCGAUAUCACCAUAGUUUCAUGUCCCCCGUGUGAUAAAUGUUGUGAUCGCUUCACUCCGCUGAAGCGCUACGUACGAGUGCGUGCCGGUCGAGGUUAUCAAUAGAUCCCCAGGGAUUUCAUCCGCCAUUAUCUCGCCAAUCCUCACACACUUCUGUGGACUCGUGGCGCCAGUGCCACGCACUGGGUACCCGGUACCCACCCUCAACAUAUUUCAGAGGAAAUCCCCCACGAAGCGAUGUAUUGAUCACCCUUUGCCGAUAUAACAGACUGUGUAGAUGUAUUCCUAAUAUUUAUUCUACAAGUUAAUCUCGGUGUGGACCCCGUAGCUGUCCUUUUCUAUUCAAAGCUGUCCGUUUAAGACAACGAAGACGGGGAAUGUAGGUUGUUUAAAUAUUUACUCGUGUUUAGAAUGUGUAAGUACAAAAAUUUUGAAUGUAUCGUACCUACUCUUGAUGGAUUAAAUAAUACGCUUAUUAUGAAAGCAAUAUGUAUCAGUGGGGCGCAGCCGUGCGGUGGGAACGUUCGGGGACUCGGGCGAUGCGAACAUUCCAGUGACUCGAUUCAUAACAUCGUUCUCUCAUUGCGACGACUCAGCCUAGUCGUACGACACGUACGAUCUAAUUCGGUCCAAGCAACAGUAUUUCGGUAUCGUAUUGUAUGUUCAUUAUUGCUUGUUAGGAUUUAUACUCGCUGAAAUUUUGUCGUUGCUCACAAAAAUGUACCAAAGAGUUUAUCUUGUAAUGAAUUUAUUUGUGACUCGAUGCUUCGUCAUAGAAUCACGGCGAUGUCGCACUACAUACGAACGAUAUGGUCGCGACCGCAGACGCUCAGCUAACUUGUAGCUUGCGAACAAAUAUAGUAUAUCAGUGCUAAUAUCGCAAACAAUUUCGCUCCUAUUACGAAGACGGAAGGUUCAUCUCUCACUGCCAUCGUUCGCAGUCAAAAUAGUAUUAUUUAUUAUGUAUUUCAAUGGUGAUGUGCCAAAAUCGGACCAUAUAACGAAUUGGCUUUACUAUGAACUCCGGGUACCAAUCUGGAUUAAUUUCUUUUAUACAUAAAAUUUAUGUAAAAGUGAUUUUACAUUUAUUGUAUAUGUUUAUUAACGAAACGUAAGUGGAUUAGUUUAUUUUUGUUUUAUCGAAAAUGUGUCGAAAUUAUUUUAGUUAAUCGGUUUGAGUUCGUCUGUCGGAACGUGGUUGUUGUGUUGAAGUUAAUUGAUGUGCUACUAACAGUUAGUAGUAGUGCCGUUGAUAUUAAGUUUGAUAAGUGUUUAACUAGGGCGAGGGGAUUGUUGACGGUGUUGGUUUCGACAGAUGGACUUCAGACACUCGUGAAGCAAUGCAGGCGACGUGUAGGUACAGUAGGGAACGAUAGAAAUGUGCAAACAUAUCCCUCACGGUACAAAGGGGUACAACGUGCGUUCGUGUCACCCGCGGCUUAUUCCGCUACGGUUUAUUUGUAAAUAUUAUUUUAUGCAGUCCCCUAACUACCGGACCAUGCUCGACCAACGCUUUACAGUUUAAUCGCCUCACGAGGCCCGGACGGAUUGUUAUGUAAAAAUGUUCACAUGUACCUGAGUAAUGUGUUUAUAUAUUAUGUGAAGUUGUGAAUGUCGUUAAGUAUUGUAGCCCAUACACAAAUAUUAUAUCGUUUGGUUAAUAUAGACAUUCUAACUUUUUGAAUAUUUAUAAGGUAUUUGAUUUAGAGGACGUUAGUUUAGUAUAGAGAUUUGAGCGACCCGGUGCGUGGUCUGUUCAAUUUAAUACGCGAAGUUGCCUCUUGAGCAUAGUACAGCUCUAUAGUAUUUAAGAAUGAAGUUAAACUCAACAUAACAAGAUGACAUUAUGGUUCCGAUUAAACUGCAAGGGUGGUCCAUAACUCGGCAUGGUCGCUACUUAGUGGGCUGUGCGUAGCGAUGGGUUUCGUCAUGGUACUACAUGCUAUAUGUUAUUCAGAAGCCUAAGACUCGUUUUAAAUUCAAAUUAUUUAUGUAACUUAUUAUUAGGUAACAUGUAACGUUUAUAUUGUAUGUUAUGAAGCGUCUCUCUGCGGCCGACGGACUCACGGUCACAUGUUUUUGUUUUUAUUUUAUGAAGUUAAGGAGAUCAAAGUGUUCGGUCUGCGCAGUCGAGGGCGGCACUAACUGUUUGUAUGCGGUCCUCGCCUGCACGGCUGUGUCGAUAUAUUUAUGUUAUGUACUAAGGUCGCCCGCACAGAGACGACACUCGCGAUAUGUUGCUGUUAGCCAAUUGUCGUUCAUCAGUGUAAAGUCUAGUCUUUAUCCUGUUUUUAUUAUCUCUAACGAUAUAAUAUUAUGUAAACUAUAUACAAAUUGAUAUUUAAAAAAAAGUUCGUGCGUUUUUUGCUCCAUUAUGGAGCGCGUAGGCUCGUGGUUAGUUAGUAUAUAAGUACAUUUAAUAUAUGUAAAUUUAUUAAUCUCCUUUUUCCUUUUCAGUAUUGUGUCGUUUUUUUAUGUGAGGAGCAUAUCAUUGUGUGACAUGAAUGUGAGGCGUGGAUGUAGAGAGCUUUGUUUUGUUACUAUGUACUGUUACAUUCGAAUAUUUUAGCCCGCCGCGCACGCGACGGUCUCAAACUCGUUUAUGGUAAUGUAAAUGUUGCUUCAUAAUGUGUAAAAAAAUAUAUAAUCCUAUAUACA